AUGGGUUUCUUCUGUGGUGAGUCUUGGUCUUGGGUUUUUAGAUGGGGAAGGAUUUUUAAUGCUAACGAUUUGCUUGAGUUCUUGGAGCUAUGGAACUGUGUUUGGAGGUGUAAAAUUUUGGCUCACAAGACAGAUUCCAUCAGCUGGGUUGAUUCAUCGGAUGAGCUUUUUUCAACUCGUUCUAUGUAUGGUGCCUUGUCCAAUGAUGAUUCAGGAGCUACUAAUGUCUCUUCCCUUUCAAAGGUGUGGUGGAAAACAAUUCCAGUUAAAGUGUCAGCGUUCUGUUGGAAGCUGCUUCAAGAUAGAAUUCAUACUAAAGAGAACUUGAGUAAAAGGAACAUCUUAUCUGCUGAUCAAUCCUUAGCCUGUGCGUUUUGCUCAGAAAGUCCUGAAUCUGCGUCCCAUUUGAUGAUCGAGUGCCAAUUUACAGCACAAGUUUAG